AUGCGUUCCUACAUUUUGAUUGUCCUCGUCGCUCUGAUUGCCGUGGCUGCCGCUCAAGGUGGACCUCAACAAGGAGGCCAGGGUGGAUCCCAGAACGGUCAGCAGGGCGGUCAGCAAGGAUCCCAGCAAGGAGGUCCUCAGGGAGGACAGCAGGGUGGUGCUCAGAAUGGCCAGCAGGGUGGUCCUGGUGGAUCAUGGAACUCGCCUUCCAACGCAACAGUCUCCUCCAACUCAACCACAACUACAACCAGUGAGGAUAGCACCACAGAGGCCAGCACCACUGUGGUUUCCUCAUCUUAG